GCUUUUCAUUCAUUUUUUCAAGAAAACACAUUCAAUCUUAAACACAGAUCUAAACAAAAUCAACAGAAAGUAAUAAAAACGCCCACGGCGGAAUUUUUAGGAGGUAGAUCCAGAUCGGAAGGGAGGGAUCCCACCCACGGGCCAGGCUCCGUUCGUCUCCUUCACUAUCCUUCCCAAAAAUCCCUCUGUUCAGGAGAUUACCUAAAGCAAGAAUAUCCUUUUGUUUUCCCACCUCCAGCGAGCAGAAUCGAUCUUCUUUUCAAACUAAACUCGAAAAUCAACCAGCAAAAGACCCCCCCCUCUUCUCCUCAGAAUUUCCUUCUUCUGCUCUCAAAACUCAGACGAGACUCCCCAGCAAACAGACCCAAAAUCAACCAACCACCCCCUAAAAUCAAUACCGACCUCUCCUUUCUAUCAAACUUCAAAAACUAACCAACCCCCUAAAAUCAAUACCGAAUCCCCCUCAAUCUGAUUUUUCCUAUAUAUAUACCCAAAAGUAAAAGAUAAAAUAAAUAAUAAUGAAAAAAGGCCUUGCUCUGUCAAUCAAUAAUGAUGAAGAUUUUCUGGCAGGUACUGUAGCGAGCAGAGGGCAUGAUUGCCGGCGCAGAGUGCAGGCGUGCAAGCAACGUGGGUUCGGCGCAGCAGACGGCAAGGGCUGGUUCGGUGCAGCAGCAGGGGCGUAGGGGCAUGAUGGCUCGGUGUGCAGGGGCAGAGUGCAGGCGAUCUGGUGCGAGGCAGGUGCGCGGGACGCAAGGGGUAGGGCGCGGGGCGUGGGCGUGGGCGUGGGUGUAUGGCUGCCGGCUGGUUUGGGUGUGAGGGGAAGAAUGUUCUGGAAAGAGAGAACGAAUACUUUUUUUUAAAAUUUUUUUGUUGGGUUGGGUUAAAUGGGUUUUGGUUCUUUGGGUUUUUGGGCUUUUGGGCUUUAAAUCAAAAUGGGUUGGUGUUGGGUUUGGUUUGAGUUUUGGAGUGGGCUUUGGGUUUGAUGGGUUUUGGGUUUGGGUUUGAGAAAUGGACUAGAUUUAUAGCUCAGAUGGAUUUCAUCCCAGAACUUUUGAUUUCUUCAAUUGAGUCCUUUGUUUCUUCUUCGCCCACUUUUUCGUGAAAUUUCGUUUUUGCUCUUGAACCUAACAAGGAAAACAAAAACAAAACAUAUUAGUUAAAAUAAAAAUAAAAUUCUAUU